AUGCUAUCAGAUGGUAGCACAUAUACCCCAAAGGAUUCCAAUGGUACACAGUUCAUCGUUCGUAGGAGUAAGGUUGAUGCUUCUGAAUUUUACCAAUUUAUACAUGCUGCAGAAAAUAAUGCAAGGUUUAAGGUUGAAAGUGUUACUUAUGGAGAAAACACUGCCCUAAAUAACAUUAAAAGUGCUUAUUCUAUAGACAGUUUAUCGGCAUAUUACUAUGGGAAUAAUCAUACAUAUGACGACCUUAUCCUUGUUCAGUUCGGCGAGGGGAAUAACUAUUAUCAAUGGAGUGAUAGUUAUAAUUGGAUUCCCCAUUCAGGACCAAUUAGUGAUUUUAUAGAGACCCUUGGCAAGGAAAAUUGUAAGAGAAAGCAAGGUCAUAUCAUAAAUCUCUCUGAGAAGGGUCGUACCAACAAUACUUACCAAUGUCCUAGUUGUAGCUCUAUUAACAUUGCUGUAUCACCAUCUGAUAAAAGUGAGCUUGGUUACUCAUUGUAUGGACAUACAAUUUCUGGAGGAAAUACUUCCAUUUCUGGAUUCAAAGAUGAACGCGAUUACCAGACAGGGUUCUCAUCAUUGAAGGGGUAUAGUAAUGUAAAGAUUUUCUGGUAUCCUGAAAACAGUGGAAGUCCUCUCUUGAUCUACCUUCCGGGAUUAUCCACCAGUUGGUAUAAAAGAAAAACAAAAGAUGAUAACGAGUGGGAAGAAGUAAAGGAAAAUGCUCCAUUUAGUGACAAUGAUUCUUCUAAGAUUCUUAAACUUCUGAAGAAAAUAAAUGGAGAAAGUGAGGGACCCUCUGGAGGAGCUAUAGCAGGUUAUACUGCCACAGGUGUAAUGACUCCAUUGGCCACCGCUGAAGCAGUAAACUAUACACUUAACACUGGCUGGAGUCUAAUUAGAAGGGUAAUGGCUAUUUUUAAUGCUGCUGUAUAG